UCAAAUGUGACAGCUUGGAUGGUGGCGACAUCUCGCGGAAAAAGAAGAUAAGUCAGCCACACUUCAGAGAAAAUAAAGUGAAAAGUUUUCUGUGCGUGGAAAAACCAAAAAAUUCUCCAGGAUGGUGAUGCAAGGAAUGUCCCCUUCUACCCUGAAGAAGCACCCUGCUUUGAUCCCCCUGUACGUGUGCACGGGACUGGGAAUGGCUGGUGCCCUCUUCUACACUCUGCGUCUAGCCACCCGUAAUCCCGAUGUGUCAUGGAACCGAUCCGGCAACCCUGAGCCAUGGCAGGAGUACUCCAACAAGCAAUAUAAGUUCUACUCUCCCAUCCGAGACUACUCCAAGACCGAGAGUCCAGCCCCCAAGUACACUGAGUAGGAACCUCUGCAUACCGAUUGCUAAAGUAAAAUAAAUCUCUCGUUGGUCCUCUGCCACCUUCAACAACUGUAGUCAAAUGCGCCGACACCGUUGCAUAGUCGGAGAGAUAUAGUAAGAAAUUCAAUAAAGUCCACAAACUUAAGAUCAUUUGGGAUUAUUUCAGAGAAAAGGGGGUUGAUAAACAAAAAAAGUAUAAUAUGUAAAUAAAAAAAAGUGUUAUUUCUGCAAAUUUCCUUCAAAGAAAAA